AUGGCAACUGAUCUGGAAAAGGCAGAGACCAACCAAGAGGUACUUCACGACAUCAACCAACCAGGCCUAUAUCCAGAAGGCUCAAAGACCUUAGAUACACAGUUGAAUAAAGAUGUCGAAUCUUCAGCAGGCUACAUAGAACCAACUCUGGCGCAACCAGCGUCUCCCCAAUAUGCGAGAUUAAAUCCGGCAUUAGUGCCUUCCGAGACUAUAAUAGCAAUACCACGGUCAAAACGAAGAGGGUUGCUGGGAAGCUUUGCUAUUAUCCCGGAAAUUGAAAGACCAUAUAACUACGCAAGUAGCACGAAAUGGGUGAUUACUCUCGUUGUUGCUUUGGCGAGUGCCGCAGCGCCUCUCGGUAGUGCGAUAUUCUUCCCUGCACUUAGUCAGAUUUCGCAAGACUUCCACGCCACCCCAACGCUCACCAACCUCACAGUGGCGCUAUACCUGCUGAGUAUGUCAAUAUUUCCACUCUGGUGGUCGUCCUUUUCAGAGACGCUAGGCCGCCGGACUAUCUACUUGGUUUCUUUUGCGCUCUUUACGUUAUGGAACAUUAUCGCCGCCGUUUCCACUUCGAUGGCUAUGCUGAUUGUAAUGAGAGUUCUCGGAGGGGGCGCGUCAUCAUCUGUUUUGGCCAUCGGUGCAGGCACUGUAGCCGACGUUUGGGAGCCGAGGCAGCGCGGAAAUGCGAUGGGCAUCUUUAUCCUUGGUCCAAUGUUGGGCCCUCUGCUAGCCCCGAUCAUUGGCGGUGUAGUGGCAGAGACAUGGGGAUGGCGGAGCACCCAAUGGUUUCAGACCAUCUAUGGCGGAGUCUUGUUAAUUGUGUUGAUAUUCUGUCUUCCCGAGACUCUUGCAAGACGAGGAGCCGUCGAGCAACAAGCAGCCGUGGACAGUAAACCAACAAUUCUACAGAGAACGAAAAAAGGUGCGGCCUUCCUGAAACGGUCUAUCAUCGAUCCGCUAGGAAUAUUGAGCUAUCUUCGCUUCCCAGUGGUCUUUAUCACGGUGUGGAUCUCAAGCGUUACUUUUGGAAGCUUAUAUAUGCUUAACAUCGCGAUUCAAAGAACGUUUUCGAACCCGCCAUAUAGUUUCUCGGAAAUCAUAGUCGGACUCACCUAUAUCCCAGGCUCUUUGGGUUACAUGGUUGCAGGCAUCACAGGCGGAAAAUGGGCGGACGCGAUAAUGCACCGAGAAGCGCGGACUGCAGGUCGAUACGAUGCGUCCGGAAAACUUAUUCUGAAGCCGGAAGAUCGGAUGAGGGAGAAUGCUCUACUUGCUGCUGUGAUAUACCCUGCUGCUCUCCUCUGGUUCGGAUGGACAGCAGACCAGGGCGUCUUCUGGAUCGCUCCCCUGAUUGCAAACUUUUUCUUCGGCUUUGGAACGAUGAUCAUCUAUGGAACGGCGAAUACGAUGCUCACAGAGUUUCUUCCCAAGCGCAGCUCAAGCGGAGUGGCUGUGAGCACCUUCGUGAGGAACAUCUUUAGUUGCGUCGGCGCGGUCGUCGCUCAGCCCAUCCUUGAAGGCAUUGGUGAUGGAUGGCUCUUCACCAUCCUUGGAAUUAUUGGUUGGAUCAGCGCGUUUUCUGUUGUUUAUGCCAUGAAUACAUUUGGGCCUAGGUGGCAGAAUGAGAUGAAGCAGAAGCUGGCCCGGUAG